AUGCCAAACGUUGCAGCAAUGGAUAACGGGCAACGGUACCUCACCAUCCCCCAAGCCCCAUACAAACAACGGCACCAAUUCACUGCGCAGCAAUAUUUACUCCUACACCAGGAGAAGGAACUUGUGUACGGUGGAUGUGAUACGAUUUCUUGUAUUCGAAUUAAUCCAAGCUACUUUGAGAUAACAUACCUUCCUCAGACCUCCGAAACAACGUCAAGAAAAACGAGAAGGGAGUUCGUGGGCGCACCAAUAAAUAUCAAGAAGAUCGAGCUAUUUGCUGGAUUCAAGAGUCGCUAG